AUAAAACCAGCGUACACCGAAACCCGCCCGGCUAGGCGGAGUCAGCCCUCGACGGGGAACAGGGAACACUGCGGUGUCCGUCGGUUGACCUGCUCAAUCUGCACCCGUUUCUUAAGUGUAUAAACAUUCUGAAGCUGCUGCUUUAUCAAUAUUAACCGUAUCAUAUAUGUUUUAUUAAGGUACUGUUAACGGUUAAUGUUACCGCCGGUAACAUACCGGUGGUUGUGUAACACGUGAUGCGCCGUUGGGUAACGUUAUCUCAAACCGUAAUUUAUGACCGCAAACACUUUUAAUUGCUAACUUCCCUCUAACGUUACCUACACCGAUCUAGAGCGCCCCAGCGUGUGUAACGUUACGAGUGUAGCAAUACAAUACGAGCCUCCAGCAGUCACUUGUUCCCGACUUGGAAGCAAAGUAUUCUACCUUCUAGUCCUUUCAUCAUGGCACUGGCUGGAGUGCGAGUUAUUGAGCUGGCAGGCCUGGCUCCAGCACCGUUCUGUGGCAUGAUCCUGGCAGACUUUGGAGCCAAGGUGAUCCGCGUGGACCGGAAUAAAGUCGGCAUGUCUUUGGACACACAAGCACGGGGCAAACGGUCUGUGGCCAUCAACCUGAAGACGGCAGAGGGUGUAGCCCUGCUCAGGAAGCUCUGUGUCCAGUCUGAUGUGGUCCUGGAGCCCUACCGUAAAGGUGUGAUGGAGAAGCUGGGCCUCGGGCCACACGAGAUGUUAAAGGAAAACCCUCGUCUGAUCUACGCUCGGUUGACAGGGUACGGCCAGAGUGGAUCUUAUGCCACCGCAGCUGGGCAUGACAUCAACUACCUCGCCAUGUCAGGCCUUUUAUCCCGGCUGGGUCGUAGUGGGGAGAAGCCCUAUGCUCCGUUGAAUCUGAUGGCAGACUUUGCAGGUGGUGGUCUUACCUGUGCUCUGGGGAUAGUCCUAGCUCUGCUGGAGAGAACAACGUCGGGGAAAGGACAGAUCAUUGACGCCAGCAUGGUAGAAGGAGCCGCAUAUGUAGGUUCUUUUGCAUGGAAAUCUCGUAGCAUCGGUAUGUGGGACAGUCCACGAGGACAAAACAUGUUAGACAGUGGAGCUCCUUUCUACGAUACCUACGAGACUGCAGAUGGAAAGUACAUGGCCGUGGGAGCCAUAGAACCGCAGUUCUACAGACAGCUACUUACAGGCUUAGAGUUGGAUGCUGGAGAGUUGCCUCCUCAGAUGAGCUUCACAGAUUGGCCAGAGCUGAGACGGAUCUUCACAGAGCGUUUUGCUUCAAAAACUCAGGCGGAUUGGUCAAGGAUUUUUGAUGGGACUGAUGCCUGUGUUACACCUGUGUUGUCUUUCGACCAGGUGAGCUCACACCCACAUAACCAGGAAAGAGCUUCAUUCAUAAAGGACUCCAGCGGGGACGAAAGCCCCCGGCCGGCCCCGGUUCUCUCUCGGACUCCUGCGGAGCCUUGCCUUGCCUCAGACCCUGUUAUUGGAGAACACACAGUUGAGGUCCUAACUGAGUAUGGGUUUACGUCAGCAGACAUAGACCAAAUGCUUACAGCAGGGGUUGUAGAGUGUAAUGCUGUCAAAUCAAAGUUGUAGAGAUAUAAUUGAUAUCAGUGAUUGAUUUUGAGAAACAAAAAGCACAUUGAGUCAGACCUGCCAUUCAAAUAAUGUAUACCACAACUAUUUAAGUUUUAUUUUAACAAGAAAGUCACAUUGAGAUUAAAACCUCUUUUGCAAGUGAGACCUAGCCAAGACAGGGUCACAAAGCAGCAUCCAACACUAGGGGUGUCACGGUUCCGAUUCUAAAUUGAAAAUCGAUUGAAAUGAGCUUUCAAUUUCAAUUUUUUUCUCUUAACCCCCCGCCUGCUUGCGUGCCUCUGAAGAAAAAACAAAUAACACACAGCGUAGCGGACAACGGCUGUGGGUAGCAUGCAGCUAAACACACAGCAUAACGUAAUUUUUGAUCACUGCCGUGAGUCGGAGAUGAUGGAGAAACAACAGAACUGUAAAAUGCUCCUGCUUCCCUAAAGUCACCGGUGUAGCAACAUUUUGCCUUCCCCUUGAGUUAUGUUAACCUGCAACAAGUGUGUGGGCUUCAACCGCACUCCAUGGUGCACUCAGGUGCAACUUGUGAACUCAAAAAUGUUGUUGUAAAGUACCAUUUUACCUUCCUGUGGCUCUUAUUGUGGCAUAGAAAAGCGGCAACAAUAGGUACGACAAAAUACAUUACAUGAAACAGUGAAUUAACAAGGCGGAGAAACUAAAAAUUCAAACUCUUCUUUUUAGUGCCACUGCUGUCCUUAGUGUGUUAGUUUGAAAGAAAACAGGUUUCCAUGUGCCAAAAGAAGUUUGUGUACACAAAUUGAUAAAUGAGCAUAUUAAGUAAAUACAGCCGUUAUUGUUGUGCUGUCCCACCAGGACGUCUACGUUUGCUAUAAUGCUGAAUGUACACUGGAUCCGACUGUUGCGUUACAGUUGCACAUGUGAUCAGUUGUAGUUUUUAUGUCCACUGAAAGCAUUUUAGAAGUGGAGUGUCUGUUCUUUAGCAGCUGCAUCUGUAGUUAAGAGUUGUUUUGCCGAUAUUCUUUUGUUUUACCAACGUACGUAAAUACACAUUUGGAGUUCAUUUAGAUGUGGUAACAGAUGCUUUAUUAUGGCUUUACUUUAACAUGACAACCAUUUAUUGCAUCUGUGGAGGACAAAGUGGAAAAAGAGUUUAUUAAGGGGAAUUUAAAAUAUGAAUCACCACAUUUACAGUAUUACAGUUAAAUUUCCAAGAAAAACUAAUAUGUGAUUGCAUAUACUGUGUAUUUCAGCAAUAUCCAUGAUAAACAGUCAAGACCCUGGGGUGAUGAAAGUCAUUAAAUAAGCAAUAAAUAAUUGAAAUACAAGAUAAGUAUAUUUUAUUAUUCAAAAGAAGAAACCUCCUCAGGUGACAAACUAGAUUGUUGGGGAUUUUU